GCCAAGCAGCUGAUAUAGUUGUUCAUUUUACUAGGCUAAACUAUCUUCUCAUUAUAAGUUUGAAUGGAGCCGGCGUCUAGCGAAAUUAGGGAAGAUGUUUAUUCUCGUCAACUUUAUGCGUAUGGCGCCGAAGCAAUGAAAAACAUGGCCGGAGCAAACGUAUUAUUUAUUGGACUUGCUGCUCUCGGGGUAGAAAUAGCCAAGAAUGUGGUUUUAAGUGGGGUUAAAACCUGUGUCUUUUAUGACAAUAACUUGGUGCAGAAGAGAGAUUUAUCAUCGCACUUUUUUCUUACCGUGGAGGAUAUCGGUAAGAAGAGAGCGCAUGUGGUAACACCAAGACUCCAGGAACUUAACUCUUUGGUAGCUUGCUCUUUUUAUGAAGACGACCUCACUGUUGAAUUAAUUUCACGCUUUUCGGUAGUCGUGUGUACCAACUUAUCCUUCCAAGACCAGUUGUGCAUUAAUGAAAUGACUCGUAUAAUCGGCUUACCCUUCAUCUCUGCACGGACGGCUGGACUUUUCGGCUAUUUAUUUAAUGACUUUGGGCCAAAAUUUGAAGUUUUCGAUACUAACGGUGAGGAAUGCGCUGCACAAAUGAUCGCGUCUAUCAACGAUGAAGGGACUGUGACUUGCCUGGAAGACAAGAGACAUGGCCUUGAAACUGGCGAUUAUGUGACCUUUUCUGAAAUCGAGGGGAUGACUGAACUGAACAACUGCCCCCCCAUAAAAGUGAAAGUUACAGGGCCAUACACUUUUGAGAUCGGUGACACCUCGUCUUACUCAAAAUACGUCCGUGGUGGUCUCGUUCAACAAGUCAAGAUGCCCAAGAUCUUUGAGUUUAAAAGUUUGCGCGAACAAUUGCGGGAACCUAGAAUUCUACCGUUCGACUUUUCUAAACUUGAUAAUCCCAUCCAAAUGCAUUUGGGCUUUUUGGCCCUCGAUUUGUUUUCUGUACGGCAAGGCCACCUUCCCCGUCCGUAUAAUUCUCGGGAUCUCUCCAUAUUUUUUAAAUUUGUUGAUGAGGUAAAAUCUGAAGCUCACGGGGACAUCAAGAUUUCCAAAAAAUAUCUAUCAAAUCUUUGUUAUCAAGCGUCUGGCGAUCUGCCCCCCAUGCAAUCAGUCCUUGGAGGCUUCGCUGCUCAAGAGGUUAUGAAGGCAACCAGCAAAAAGUUUACCCCCUUGCAGCAAUUUUUUUACUUCGACAGUCUCGAAAGCAUGCCGCCCGAUGCUCAGUUGAACGAAGAAGACUGCAUCCCUGCUGAUUCCCGUUAUGACGGACAAUUUGCUGUCUUUGGGCAAAACUACCAUUGCAAACUCCGUAACCUGAAGACCUUUCUAGUCGGAUCAGGUGCUAUUGGGUGCGAAAUCCUUAAAAAUUGGGCGUUGUGCGGGAUAGGAAGCAGCGACAUCGGCAGCAUUAACGUCACGGAUAUGGACACCAUCGAAAAAAGCAACCUCAACAGACAAUUUUUAUUUCGUGACUCGAACGUUUCGCAGCCGAAAAGCCUUGUAGCUAGCCAGGCAGUCAAGCACAUGAACGGAGCCAUCAAUAUCCAAGCCUACCAGGAUCGCGUCGGCGAGGAGACUGAAAAUGUCUUUGACGAUGACUUCUUUGAACAGCUGGACGUCGUUGUCAACGCUCUGGACAACGUGGAAGCUAGAAGAUACGUCGAUUGCCGCUGUGUUUUUUAUUGCAAGCCAUUACUGGAAAGCGGGACUCUUGGCACGAAGGGAAACACCCAAGUCGUCAUCCCUUAUCUUACGGAGUCCUACAGCAGCUCGCAGGAUCCUCCCGAGAAGUCGAUCCCGAUGUGCACUCUUAAAAACUUUCCUUAUGCUAUCGAGCAUACGAUCCAGUGGGCUCGCGAAUCGUUUGAGGGCCUUUUCAUGCGGGAUCCGGAGACCGUGAACCAAUACAUCGACAAUGACACGUUUCUUGGUCAGCUGCAGAAACAGCCCGAUUCCACUCAGAAAGAAGCACUUGACAUCAUACAGAAAUCGUUAGUUUACGAAAGGCCGCGCAACUUCGCAGAUUGUGUUUCCUGGGCACGACUUUUAUUUCAAGAAUACUAUUUCAACAAGAUUGCCCAGUUGCUGUACAACUUUCCUAAAGACUCGCUUACCUCCUCGGGUCUUCCUUUUUGGUCGUAUCCUAAAAGAUGUCCCACUCCCAUCCUUUUCGACAUGAACAAAAGCCUCCAUUUGAGCUUUAUCGUGGCAGCGGCGAACCUCCGGGCUGCUCUUUAUGGCAUCCCCUCGUGUCGUGAUUUAAACUUUAUAAAGUGCGCCUUAACGGAAACUCAUUUGCCAGAAUUUAAACCUAAAAGUAAUGUCCGGAUUCAAGUCUCAGAGAACGAGAGUAUCGAGCCUGAAAGUGCCGAUCUUGAAGAACUCCGUCGAUUAUAUUCGUCACUGCCCCUACGAGACUCUUCCUUGAAACUGACUCCGUUAUACUUCGAGAAGGACGAUGACAAUAACUUCCAUGUCGAUUAUAUAACGGCAUGCUCCAAUCUUCGAGCCACAGCCUAUAAUAUUGCGCACGCGGAUCGGCUCAAAACCAAAGGCAUCGCCGGCAAAAUUAUUCCGGCAGUCGCUACCACCACAAGUAUGAUUGCCGGGUUGGUGUGUCUCGAGCUGUACAAGGUUGCUUUUGAAAACAGGAAGUUGGACUCCUAUAAGUGCGGUUUUAUCAAUCUGGCAUUGCCUUUGGUCACCUUUUCCGAGCCUAUUGCCGCUCCCAAAGCAAAAUAUAAUGGCAAGGAGUUUACACUGUGGGACCGUAUAGAGAUUUACGGCGAGAUACUUAUCAAAGAUCUUAUAAAGAAGCUGGAGGAGGAGCACCAAAUCAACGUCAUGAUCAUCUCCUGCGGCGUUAGCAUGUUGUAUGCUGUCUUUAUGCCCAAAGAAAAGCGCAAAGAGCGCUACGAGACGACAGUGGAAAAGCUCUAUGUGUCCACCACCCACAUGCCCAUCCCCCCGCACGUGAAAUCGCUGACCAUCGAAGUGCUUUGUACCGACAAAGACGGUGAAGAUGUGGAGUUUCCUUUCGUGCGUUACUACCUUAAAAAAUAA